CAAAGGCGAGAUGGGCUGGAGAAAAGCGGAGGCAGGAGAUCGUGGCGGGACGGAAAGCGGCGUGUGGGUGGCGAGUGGUCCCUGUUUGUAGGCAGGCAGGGCGGGCAGCGCUCGGUGGCUGCAGUGCCGGGAGGAGGCUGCGGGCGCCGCUGUUGACCGAGAGGAGCGAGAGGAGGAUCGGAGCGCUGGCGGCAGCCCCGCCCGCUGCGGCCAGGCUGGAUCGCUGGAUCGCUGGAUUGGUGGGUGGGCAGGCCGGGCGGCGGUGUGCGAUCGUGCUGCCGGUGCGGAUCCGUGCGGCGGAGAGGCGGCGGAGGCUGGGGCAGGGCCCGGGAGCGGAGAGGCCGGUGGGAAAGGUCAGCAAGCGCUGGGAGCUGAGCAGCAGCGGCAGCGGGGAGCUAAGUUGUCGGAGAUGAGCUGGGCGGGGAGGCGCUGGGGCCGGCGGCAGCGAGCUGUGCUCUGGGCCGUCCUGCUGGCGGCGUGGGAGGCGGCGUGGGGGCAGCUGCGCUACUCGGUGCCCGAGGAGCUGCCCAAGGGCUCGUUCGUGGGCGACGUGGCCAAGGACCUGGGGCUGCAGCUGCCGGAACUCAGAGAUCGCGGUGCACGCAUUAUAGAAAGAGGUCGGACGCAGUAUUUCACUGUUCAAGGGAAGACGGGCCAUUUAGUGACGGCGGAGAGGAUCGACAGAGAGCAGCUGUGCGAGAGUGUGCAGCAAUGCGUGCUGCGCUGUGAGCUGAUCGUGGAGGGGGAAAUGAAGGUUUACGGAAUCCAAGUAGAAAUCAUGGACAAAAACGAUAAUGCACCCAGCUUCCGAGAGGCUGAAACUGUGGUGAAAAUGAGCGAGAUGACAGCCCCGGGGUCGCGGUUUCCCCUGCCAGACGCACAUGAUCCGGACUGGGGUCGGAAUUCCGUGCAGAGCUACGAGCUGAGCGGUGACGAGCACUUCUCGCUGGCCGUGCAGGCGGGCCCCGGCGGCGAUCAGCGUCCCGAGCUGGUGCUGGCCAAGGCGCUGGACCGGGAGGAGGCGGCGUUUCACGAGCUGGUGCUGAGGGCGAUGGACGGCGGCGAUCCGGCACGGACGGGCACGGCUCGGAUCCGUGUGACCGUGGUGGACGCCAACGACAACGCGCCCGUGUUCAGCCAGGCGGAGUACACGGUGCGUGUGCCCGAGGACGUGCCCGUGGGCUCUGUCCUCGUCACCGUCACGGCCACGGACGCCGACGAGGGGCAGAACGGUCAAGUGAAAUACUCCAUUCAGAAAGUCACAGAGAAGUCCUCGCAGGUUUUCCAACUGAACAGCGACACGGGGGCAGUCACCCUGUUACAGAGCCUGGACUUUGAGGAUGGUAAUUCCUACGAACUGGAGGUGCAGGCACAUGAUAGUGGAGCUCUUUCCAACACCGCCAAAGUUGUGGUUACCGUGACAGAUGUGAACGACAACGCCCCCGAACUCACCGUGUCGUCGGCGGUGAGUGAGAUCUCUGAGGACGCGCCAUCCGGGACCGUGGUGGCUCUGCUGCACGUGCAGGACCGGGACUCAGGAGCCAACGGCGAGGUUCGCUGCUCACUCGACGAGGACGUCCCAUUCCGACUGGAGAAGUCUUUUGACGAUUUCUACCGCGUAGUGACAGCGAGAGAGCUGGACCGGGAGCAGGUGUCGGAGUACAACGUGACGGUGCGGGCGGCAGACGGGGGGUCGCCGGUGCUGCAGAGCAGCGCGGUGCUGGCGCUGCGGGUGCUGGACGUGAACGACAACGCGCCGGUGUUCGCGGAGGAGCGCUACAGCGCGCGUGUGUGGGAGAACAACGCGGCGGGCGCGCUGGUGCUGACGGUGCGCGCCACGGACGCGGACUGGGGGCAGAACGCGCGCGUGCGGUACCGGCUGGCGGAGGGGCGGGUGCGGGGCGCGGCGCUGUCGUCGUACGUGUCGGUGCAGGCGGAGACGGGCGCGCUGUACGCGCUGCGCUCCUUGGACUACGAGGAGGUGCGCGAGCUGCGGCUGUGGGUGCGUGCGGAGGACGGCGGCGCGCCGGCGCUGAGCAGCAACGUGUCGGUGGUGCUGGUGAUCGUGGACGAGAACGACAACGCGCCGCAGGUGCUGUACCCGCCGCUGUCUCGGGCGGCGGGCUCGGGCGGCGCGUGGUCGGGCGUGGAGCUGGCGCCGCGCUGGUCGGAGCCCGGCGCGCUGGUGGCCAAGGUGGUGGCGGUGGACGCGGACGCGGGGCAGAACGCGUGGCUGUCGUACGAGCUGGCCAAGGCGACGGAGCCGGGGCUGUUCCGCGUGGGGCUGCACAGCGGCGAGGUGCGCACGGCGCGCUCGCCGCUGGCCCGCGACGCGGCGCGCCAGAGCCUGGUGGUGCUGGUGAAGGACCACGGGCGGCCGGCGCUGUCGGCCACGGCCACGCUGAGCGUGCUGCUGGCCGAGAGCGUGGCCGAGCUGCUGGCCGAGCUGGGCAGCGCGGCCGAGGCGGCGGCGCCGGGCGAGCCGGCCGGCAGCCUGACGCGCUGGCUCGUGCUGGCCGUGGCCGCCGUGUCGUGCCUCUUCCUCGCCUUCCUGCUGCUGCUGCUGGCGCUGCGCCUGCGCCGCUGGCGCCGCCAGCACCUGCUGCCGGCCCAGAGCGGCGCCUUGCGCGGCGUGCCCGUGUCGCACUUCGUGGGCAUCGACGGCGUGCGCGCCUUCCUGCAGUCCUACUCGCACGACGUGUCGCUCACGGCCGACUCGCGCAAGAGCCAGCUGCGCUUCUCGGCCGCCAGCUGCUGCGACACCCUCCCGGCGCGGCCUCUUCCCGACGAGCCCGCGCCGCUGCUCGGCGACGAGGACCCUGCCGCCGCCCUGCCCGCCGAUCCCGCCGCUCCCUCGGAGAUUUUGCUUCCAAGCGAGGUCGAGCUUCCCUCGGUGACGUUCUUAUGGCUGGUGCCCGUUGGUGUCGUUCUUAGGACAUGGGGUCUGUGUGGCGUGGCGGCGCCUCCGGGUGCCGCUGUUGGCCGCCGCCUCCCGGCGCUGGAGCCGCCGCCACCGCCGCCGCGCAGCGUCCUGCCCCCGCAGGCUGCUCGCUCGGCCGGCGCCGGCCAGAGCGGCAGCGGCAGCGGCAGCAGCAGCGGCGAGAGGCGGCUUUGGUGCGGCUUUGGUGCGGCUUUGGUGCGGCUUUGUUGCGUGGCUUGUCGGGGAGCAGCGGCGUGGUUGUGGGGCCGAGCGGGCUGUGUUUGGUGCGGCUUUGGCCCGUGCGCUGUGUGGCGAGAGCGGCGUGAAGGGAGGCAGGGCAGCGGCAGGAGGCAGGAGCUUGGCGAGCGGCGGCGGCGGCGGCGGGCGAGAAUGGCGGUGAGGCGGCGGCAGAGGCGCGGGCCGGGCGGCGGGCGAGCGCUGCUGGCCGCGGUGCUGCUGUGCGUGUGGUGGCGGGCGGCGGGCGAGCGGCUCCGCUACGCCAUCCCCGAGGAGCUGGGCAGAGGCUCGCUCGUGGGGCCGCUGGCGCGGGACCUGGGGCUGAGCGCGGACGAGCUGCCGGCGCGCAAGCUGCGGCUGAGCGAGGAGAAGCAAUACUUCACGGUGAAUGAGGAGAACGGCAACCUGUAUGUGAACGAGAGGCUGGACCGGGAGGAGAUGUGCGGCGAGUCGGCGUCCUGCUCUGUCAGCUUCGAGGCGCUGGUGCACAACCCACUCAACGUUUUCCCCGUCGAGGUGUCCAUCGAGGAUGUGAAUGACAAUUCCCCGGCUUUUAGCAAGGCUGUUCUGGACCUCGAGAUUGGUGAAUUAAUCCCUCCCGGUGCUCGGUUUCCGUUGGAGAUGGCGCGAGAUGGAGACGCAGGAAUAAACUCGUUACUAACUUACCAACUCACCCGCAACCCGUCCUUCUCCCUGGCCAUGAAGGAAAAGCCGGGAGGAAAGAAGCAGCCGGAAUUAGCUCUGGAGAGAGUGUUGGACCGGGAGAAGCAGAGUUCCUUUGAGCUGGUGCUGAUGGCAGUGGAUGGUGGGGACCCCGCGAGAUCUGGAACAGUCCAGGUUCGAGUAAAUGUGACGGACGCCAACGACAACUCGCCCAUAUUCAGCAAAAGCCUCUACGAGGCGCGAGUGGCAGAGAAUCUUCCAGUGGAGUCCGUGGUGCUGCAAGUACGGGCGGCGGAUGCGGACUCAGGCUCGAAUGCGCGAGUGUCCUACUCUUUCGGCAGCGUCCCGGACGCCGUCAGGGCGGUGUUCGCGAUCGACAGCGAGAGUGGGGAAAUUCGGACAGUGGGUCCACUCGAUUUCGAGGAGAAGAAUAAGUACAUCUUCGGUCUGGAGGCGACGGACGGUGGUGGGCUCACCGACCACUGCGAAGUGCAGAUCGACAUCACAGACGAGAAUGACAACGCGCCCGAGAUCACCAUUCUAUCCCUGUCCAGUCCCGUGCCCGAGGACGCACCGGUCGGAACCGUGGUGGCCGUGCUGAAAGUGCGGGACAGAGACUCCGGUGAGAACGGCCAGGUGUCGUGCGAGCUGUCGGGGGAGGCGGCGCUGUCGAUGGUGGCGUCGUCGGGCGGCUCGUACAAGGUGGUGACGGCGAGCGCGCUGGACCGCGAGCAGGCGUGGGAGCAGCGCGUGACGGUGGUGGCCCGGGACCGGGGCAGGCCGUCGCUGUGGAGCAGCAGGGAGCUGGUGCUGGAGGUGUCGGACGUGAACGACAACGCGCCGGUGUUCGAGGAAGCGGCGUACAGCGCGUACGUGGCGGAGAACAACGCGGCGGGCGCGCUGGUGCUGCGCGUGCAGGCGCGGGACGCGGACGCGGGCGCCAACGGGCGCGUGAGCUACUGGCUGGCGGGCGGCAGCGCGGGCGCGGCGGGCGCGGCGCCGCUGGUGUCGGUGGAGGCGCGGAGCGGCGCGCUGUACGCGCAGCGCUCCUUCGACUACGAGCAGUGCCGCGAGUUCGCGGUGGCCGUGCGGGCGCAGGACGGCGGCGCGCCGGCGCGCAGCUCCACGGCAACGGUGCGCGUCUUCGUGCUGGACCGCAACGACAACGCGCCGCGGGUACUCUGGCCGGCGGCAGGGGCGGCGGCGGGAGAGGCGGCGGGAGAGGCGUCGUCUCCGUUCGAGGUGGUUCCGCGCUCGGCCGAGGCCGGCUACCUGGUGGCCAAGGUGGUGGCGGUGGAUGCGGACGCGGGGCGCAAUGCGUGGCUGUCGUACGAGCUGGUGCAGGCGUCGGAGCCGGCGCUGUUCCGCGUGGGGCUGCACAGCGGCGAGGUGCGCACGGCGCGCGCCGUGUCCGAGCGGGACGCGGCCAAGCAGCGUGUGGUGGCCGUGGUGAAGGACCACGGGCAGCCGGCGCUGUCGGCCACGGCCACGCUGCACGUGGUGCUGGCCGAGAGCUUGCAGGAGGCGCUGCCGGAGCUGAGCGAGCGGCCGGCGGGCGCCGAGGCGGCGGCGGCGGCCGAGCUGCAGUUCUACCUGGUGCUGGCGCUGGCGCUGCUGUCGGCGCUCUUGGUGCUGAGCGUGGCGCUGGCCGUGGUGGCGCGGCUGCGGCGGGCCGGGCCGCCCGCCGUGCUGCGCUGCCUGGGCGCGCAGCGCUUCUCGCUGGCCGGCGCCGCCUUCCCGGCCGACUUCUGCGAGGGCACCUUGCCCUACUCCUACAACCUGUGCGUGCCGCCGCCGGCCCGCGCCGUGCCCGAGGCCGCUUGGCCGCCGCCGCCGCCACCGGUGCCGGCGGUGCCCGUCCUGUCGGCGGAGGAGCUUCUGGGCGGCGAUUCCUGCGAGAAGCCGAGCCCGAGCAGUAACGUCGUCGUGGGAGAGCCGCCCGCCGAUGCUGGUGCACUGCAGGUGUGUAAAGCGUGAGCUCUUUCUGGUUUUAAAACUUUCUGAAACGUCGUUCAUGUUUUCCGAGUAUUCUCUGCGUGGUGUCAGUGGGGACCUGUCAUCUUUGUCUCUGCAUAGCGGAGGAAGUUUGUCAUUGUUUUCAGGUAACAGAUUCAGCUGACAGGCUUUGACUCUGUCUCUCUUUUCUGCUAGUAGAAGCGUUUCUCUCUGUCUUUCUCCAUGUUUCACAGACUCCUGUUUUUGUGAGUUGCACAGUGCUGUCUCUGUGAUGGAGUGAAUUAAGGAACGGGCAAUGCCCCGUUCAUGGUAGAGCAGGAAGCACUUGGUUCUUCCUUGGUCACAGGUUAAGCUUCAGGUGCGAGGUUUUGUCUUCAACUCUUGAGCUCUAUCAGUUGCAAUGUGUUCGCAGUACCGCAUGCACAUUGGUAUUGGUAUUCUGUGGAAGGAGAAUGGCUGAUUGUUCUUCAGAGGGUCGAGGAAAAAGGGAAAAAACACUGACACCGGGUUUUGUAGUUUUCAUCCUUCCUGACUGCUUUGUUUAGUAAGGCUGUGCUUGGAACUCGUGUAGAGCUUUACACAAACCCGUUCCUUAAACUUUGUUUUGUCCCGGUUUGAUUUAGAAGGGAAACGAAAGUGGGAAGCUCCGUUGUCCAUGCUGAGUGAAAAAAGCGAUUGUUGCCCUUUUCUGGAGGGAUUGCAGUAAUGGGACUGGAUGGCUUCUUUUUUUACGUCCUGGCUGGCAGUUCUCUGUUUUGCCCUUCCUGGUCCUAAUUUCAUAUGCUUGUGAUUGGCUUGAAUGAUUUUUGUUUCACAGAUUUUGAUUUUUCUUUCCUUUCCUCAAAAAGGUGUUGGGGGUGUCAGCAGAACUCGGUGUAUCAGGAACAAAAAAUAGCUGAAAUUCUGUUGGCUAGGAUGGACAUCUGAGAUACGAAGGGAUCACAUAAGAGGGAGAUUGUCCAGGACAUGGUUCAGACACUUGAAUCAAUCCCAUUUCCAGAGUGGUUAGUACUCAGCACAGUUUCAAGAGAACAAUGAUACUUUAGUUCUAUGGUUCUAUAAUUCCUUUCUUGGAAACACAUCGUAUCAGCGAGGUUAAGCAAUGCAUAAAUUAAUAGUUUACUAAUGAGCUUAAAUUCUUUACAUGUU